UUUCAUGACUGCUGUCUUUUUUUGGGCGUUAUAUUCUUUUGUCGUAUUUUACCCUCAGUUAUUUUUUGUCUUGUUUUUCUCUCAGUGGUCUUUUGUCGAAUUUUGGUCCUUGUGAUAUUUUGUCGUAUUUUACCCAUAAUUCUCUUUUGUCGUAUUUUUGCCGGGGUGAUCUUUUGUCGAAUUUUUGACUUUUUGGGAUUAUGUAUGUUUUCUUUAACAUUAUGCCGAUUUGUCUAAAAUUAAAAAUAUUUUCUUCUUUUUUUUUAAUUUGCCACAUUUUAUUUUUGUUUUUUAAUUACGAGAAGUUUUGUUUAUUUUAUCUUCAAAUUUAUAAGCAACAUGACACGAAUUACUUUAUUCUCCAGAACUCUUAAUUAUUCAUCAAAGUAUUUUUAUUCAAUAGCUAGAAACAUAAAAGCAACAGCCCAAGAAAAACCUUCCAAGUUUCAUUUAAAUGUUGGAACAAUUGGACAUGUUGAUCAUGGAAAGACUACUUUAUCUUCUGCAAUUACAAAAUACCUCUCAAAAAAUAAAAUGGCAAAAUUUAUCAGUUAUGACGACAUUGACAGAGCCCCUCAAGAACGUGCUCGUGGAAUUACUAUUAACAUUGCAAAUUUAGAAUAUGAAAGGCAUUAUGCACAUAUUGAUUGUCCUGGCCAUAGUGAUUAUAUUAAAAAUAUGAUAACGGGUACAUCACAAAUGGACGCUGCAAUUUUAGUUAUAGCUGCAACAGAUGGAGUUAUGCCUCAAACAAAAGAGCAUUUAAUGUUAGCUAAACAAAUUGGUUUGGAAGAAGUUAUUGUUUUUAUUAAUAAGGCAGAUCUUGUUGAUAAAGAUGAUUUGGAAUUAGUCGAGAUGGAAGCACGUGAACUUUUGAAUGAUUACUCUUUUAAUGGUGAGACCACCAAAGUAAUUUAUGGCUCUGCUCUACAGGCUUUACAGGGAGAAGAUCACAAUUGUAUUGACGAAUUGUUGAAAGCCUUGGACUCUUUAAAAGUGCCAAAUCGUUCGGAGGAAGGCUCGUUUCUAAUGCCAAUAGCCAACAAAAUAAAAAUUCCAAACAGUAAAGAUUCCGUUUUGAUUGGAACAGUUGAAAGAGGGCAGCUUAAAAAAGGCGAACAUAUCGAAAUUAGAGGGUUUGAACAUUUCCAAAAAGUAACGGCUGGCGAAAUUCAAGUAUUUAAGAAAACUGUACGGGCUGGAGAACAAUGUGGAAUUUUAUGUAGAAAUUUAAUUUUUGAUGGUGUUCAUAAAGGAAUGUGGUUAGGCGCUCCUGGGACUGUGCAAACGACAAAUAUUGUUAAGAUUAAACUUUACAUGCUAAAUGAAAACGAAAAUGGUCGGAAACAAGGCAUCCGUUCUGGCCACACAGUCCUUACUUUUUGCACAACAUGGGAUAAAGGAUGUAGAAUAUUUUUUGAUAAUGAACUUUUAAUGCCUGGAGAAGUUACAAAUGGCUAUUUAGUUUUUCUUAGAGAAGUGCCGAUAAGAAAAGGAUCUAAAAUUACCUUACGAGAGUCAAGAAGACGCGUUUUAGGACACGGAGUUGUUGUAGAACUUUAUGAACAGCAAUUUCUUGAUACUUGGAAUCGUUUUGAUGCUGAAGGAUUCCUCAAAGAUUUGAAGCCUUUAGAUGAAAAUAAAAAAAGAAAAUAA